GGGAAGCCCGCACACGCCGGAGGGAACCCGUGGGACGGAGUCAAUGCGCUGGACGCGUUGGUUUCGGCGUACAACAACGUCGCCAUGCUCCGGCAGCAGAUCCGGCCGGAGCAGCGCAUCCAUGCCGCCUUCACCAAGGUGCCGCAGGUCAUGAACGUCAUUCCGGACCAUACGGCCGUCACUUUUGGCACGCGCAGUCCGACGUGGGCGGAUGCGGAUCGGCUGAUGGAGCGAGUGACGGAUUGUCUGAAAGCGGGGGCGCUGGCGACGGGGUGUCGGGUUGAAUAUGAAAGAACGGAUGGAUACCUCGACCUGCGUCUCAACCGGACGCUCUGCGAGCGGUAUACCCAUCACAUGGGGGCGUCUUACAGCGAGCGAAUUCGGCUCAUGACGGACGAGUACAUGUCCGCGUCAACCGACAUGGGCUGUUUUUGCCAUAGAAAUGACUACGGGUGCGACAAUACCAAGUCGAGGGAGGUGCUGGGGGUGCAGUUCAGGGGGUUGAAGGAGUGCGUGGAUGAUACAGUGCGGUCGAUGUUGGAUGUGCAGGCUGGUCGACAGAUAUCUUGA